AGCAGAGAAACUCCGGGAAGGUUCCAGGAGGCGGUGGCAUCCAGCACAAGGAGCUGUCAAUCAUCCAAUAUCUAUCAAGAAAAGAGAAAACUGAAGCAUCAACAAGGUAGUCUUUCCACCAAAGGAGUAUAAAAAAAGGUUUAUUUCAGAGGGAAGAGCGACCUCCUCGACAUGGCGUCCCAGAUCCCAGCGCUCCCUCAGUCCUUCACCCCCAGCACUGGCAGCGUCUUCUCUGACCAGUCCGGCUUCUUCGCUCUGGACACAAAUGUUCCCGGUUUGUCUAAGGUGAUCCUCAAUAAGCUCAACAUGAAGGACUAUGGAGAAUACAGGGCUGCAGUUCAGGGAAAGCCUAAAGGAGUCACAUUCCGCAACUACAAGGAGAUGUUCCAGAAGAUGGAGGACACCUUCAAGUUCUGCACCGGCUGUAAUAAACUCCCAGAGCAUCUGAGUGAGCAACAGAGUCUAAAACGCUGUGUGAAGUGCUUGAAUGUGUAUUACUGCAGCAAGGACUGUCAGAGGAAGGACUGGCCGCAGCAUAAGAAGGCCUGCAAGACGCUGCGGCUGGUGGCCAUUGACAGAUUGGUGGAGUGGCUGAUGUUUACAGGAGACCUUCCAUUUCCCACUGAGAAAUGGACCAAGUCUCCACAUGAGGUGAAGAGCUGGGAUGACUGGAUUCCCAUGCAGGGAAACCUUACAGCCCAUCUGAACACUAUCGUGUCUGGUACCAACAUGGCAACUCUAUGGAAGAACGCAGUCAGGCCAAAGCCCGAUGAAGCUGACCUGAGAGGAUCCCUGUGGAGAAUUCAGAGCGAGUUCCUCUCCCGGGUUCUCACUGUCGGCAUGGCCAUCCGACGUUUUGGUUUGGACCCGUACGCAAAGCCUCUUACCAUCCACCUAGCAGGCGCAUCCCACAAUGAAACCAUGGGAGCCCGGUUGACUGACUAUGACGAGCUGAACAACAUGUUCCCCAAACACCAGGGGAUAGAGAUAGUCAUGGUGGGACCGGAGGUGGUGGACGGCCCCAUCAUGAGACCUCCUCUCAGAGCGUUUGGUCCAAGGGAAAGGGUCUACAUCAGCGCAUUCAAGGGCCUCUACCACCAGUUCUGGGAAGCGUUGGAGGAGAAGGAAGAAGCAGCCAAGCCGGACCUGGUGGUUGGAUUUCAUCCUGGAUUUCAUGCCAACCAGGGUCUGUUAGAAGGUUGGUUGCCGACUCUUCUCCUGCUCAGAGACUACAACAUCCCUUCUCUCUUCACCAUGUAUAGUGAAAUGGAGCUCCGGAGUUCUCUGGAGAUCCUGCUGGAGCUGGAGGUGUUCGUCAAAGACAGUGGGCCCAAUCCGUUCACCUCCCAGAAACCGGAGCAGGUCCAGUCCUGCCCCAACAAAGAUCCAGUCUACUGCAACUCUCAUUUCAUCCGAUUCCAAGGACUGCUGCCUCGUGAGGACUUUGAGGAUUCGAUUCCAACAAGCAGCUCAGCAUCAAGUUUGUGAAAAAAACAACAACCAAAAAAAACUUUAGACUUUGAUUUGGUUUGUUCCAAACCCCAGAUCUGACAAAGAGCCUGCUGUUCACAUUUAUAGUGGAUUUUGAUUUUAAAAAAUGUUAACUUGGUGUCAGAAAUACCAUGAUCUGCACAUUAAUAAAGCUGCAAUUACAAUAUGGUGGAAAAAUCCGAUUCAUCUCCAAGAAACCACUUGAGUUUUGCCUUUGUUUACGCUCCAAAGGGUUACAUUACUUGCUUAUUGUUAUGCGACCAUAAUGAUUCCAAAAGGAGUUCUGUCGUUCUCUGAUUUGAUCUGUGCAUAAAACAAUUCUCAAAUCUCACAAGAGCUUCAUGUGAACUCAUUAAACGGCAGUCUCUGCUUGUCUAAAGUUUAUUAAGAAAAUUGUAUUGAUAAGUCUUCUAGUGAGUAGAAAUACUGUUGAUUUUGACAUGUUAAAGACCCACUAAAAAAAUGUGUUUUUAAUGUGUUCUUGUGAGAUUUUACAUGUAAAGAAAAUUGAGAUUAAAAUUGCA